GACAUCGCCGUAUUGGACAAGAGGGAAGAGCUCUUUCUGUAUCUCUGGUGGGUACCCACUGCUCCUAAACCGCAGUGCGUGUGACAAGGAGUCAACCUGACAGAGACAAAGCUUUAUUUGAUUUUGUUCUCCGUCCCAGCUGCCUUCACUAUAACAGCCUAUAGCUUAACUGAUACAGCCACGGAGAGUAAUGGUAGGGGCUCACCAAAUGCGCCAAAAGUAGACUAUUUAAAAGGAUGCACAGGUAGAGACGCUAGUAUAAGGAAAGCCCCUCGCCUGUAUUGUGCACAGACACACGCUUGAUUUGUUUACAGAGCUCAAACGUUUUGGUGGUGUUUUGGUUGAAUACAAAACUUUCUAGACGUGCCAUUGAAAGAGGAGCAGGCUGUGGGUCUCAGGAGCAGGACAAACGGGCACCUGCUGAAGAAUGUAGCGGGAACCGGACCACACCACCGCGGGAGGCGUGGCUCAGAGCUGUCCAUCACUCAUCUGACUAUCACUAGAAUGGACACCUGGCUGCGCUGGGGCCACUGGCCCCGUCACUGCAUGAGGUAAAGCACCGCAUCAUCGCAGGGUUGUCAUGGAGACCGAGAGCUACACCACCCUGCGCCUGGAGACCAGCGACGGCAUGGGGACGGUGGUGAGCACUGGAAUCCUGGAGAGCCACGGCGGCUCCACCCCUCCCUCUGGGUGGCACACGCCGUACCCAAUAGGCUUUCAGGUGUCCCUGACCAGCUUCCUGAUGCUGGAGCUGGUGCUGGGCUUCAGCAGCAACCUGACCGUGCUGGUGCUCUACUGCUCCCAGUCCAAUCUGGUGGACUCGGUCAGCAACAUGGUGACGGUCAACCUGCACAUCCUGGACAUUGUGGUGUGCGUGUUGUGCCUGCCGCUGACGGUGGUGGUGGUGUUGCUGCCCCCUGGCCGUGACCUGGCGCUCAUCUGCUGCUUUCAUGAGGCCUGUGUGACGUUUGCCAGCAUCUCCACAGCCAUCAAUGUGCUCGUCAUCAGCAUGGACCGCUACGACAUCUCUGUGCGACCGGCCAAUCGGCUGCUGACGCCGCGCUGGGCAGGGAUGCUGCUGGCGGCCGUGUGGGCUGUCUCGUUGGCGGUCUUCUUCAUUCCGUUCAUUGAAGUGGACUUCUUCUCCUCAGAGACGGAUUACGGGGUGCCCGGCACCACCGAGUCCACGUCAUGGCGCAACCGGACGUUGCUGUGUGUUGGCGGGCAGGGCUACCACAUAGGGUUGGGAAUGUACUACCACCUCUUGCUGCAGGUGCCCAUUUUCUUUGCCACGGUGGUGGUGAUGCUCUUCACGUACUCGCGCAUCCUCCGCGCGCUCAAUAUCCGCAUCGGCACCCAAUUGCGCAAGAACCAGCAUGUCCGCCGCGGCCUGGGCUGCCGGGGCCGCCGCGGUCGCAGGCGCAAACGCAAGGCGGAGCAGGAGGAGCUUGAGAGGGCCGAGCAGUCCAAGCAACUCACCCACCCUCCACUCAUAUCCUCGCCCACCCCUACCGCCACCUCCCCUCCGGCCCUGUCCACUGCGCCCCUGAUGGGUGCGGACAGCGCAGCAGCGUCCCCAGCUCCAGCUCCAGCUCCUUUGGGGGUGCAGGCCUCGGUGUCGGCCAUCAUUGCCCUACGCCGGGCCGUACGACGCCACAGGGACCGGCGGGAGCGCCAGCGGCGCGUCUUCAGAAUGUCGCUGCUCAUCAUCUCCACCUUCCUGGGCUGCUGGGCGCCAAUCUCGGUGACCAAUAUGCUGAUUCUCUGCCUGGGCCCCAGCGACACACUCGUUUCGCUACGCCUCUGGUUCCUGGCCAUGGCCUACGGCACCACCAUCUCCCACCCGCUGCUUUAUGCCUUCACGCGCCAGAAGCUGCGGCGCGUGCUCAGGGCCAAGGUCAAGAAGCGCGUGGUCUCGCUGCUGCAGGUGGACCCCUCUCCCGGGGGCACUGUCAUCCAAAACUCCUGGGUGGAGGCACGGAAGGGCCGUAAGCUACGCCUGGAGGGCAGUGACGCUAUGGAUCGCUGCCUGACGGAACCGCUGUGAAAGAGCCAGGUUCGGCACUGCAGUCCUACAGUAAAGGAUCCAGAUGUGAAUGCCAAUCGGGUUCUAACCACACAGCUGUGAAGAAGGCUCUGACACUACUCAAAACAGUAAUAUGGUUUUCAAAACCCUGUAAGCUAUCUCAAAUGGAGUACUCUGGGAAUAAUGUAUUAUAACCCAGGAUGUAAUGUUCAAACACAUAUUUUGAUUAGUGUUUAGCAGACAUAUGUUGUCAAGUGGAUAUUUUGUAGUUGUCAGGUUUUUUAGCAAUAUAUAACAGAUUUUCAAAGACUAGAUAGCAAUAUGUUCAAUGAGGGCAGUAUCUAGUUAAAUUUCUCUUUCAUGUGUUUAUGAAUGUACGAAAAAAUUGUAAAUCUUCUAUACACAAACAGUACUAAUUGAUGUAAAUGUUUUUUUGGAUAAUUAUUUUGUAUUUGAGUUGAAUGAAUAACAUCCUAAGGAAAAGGUGAGUGUAUUUGGAUUUGGUCUGCCUUUUUUUUUGCAGCCAAACAUAGGCAAACGUAGGAGGCCACAGGUGUGUUCAUUAAACAGCUCAUGUGCUGAAAAAGUAGAGGCAAUAGACACGCACCUGCACCAUCGGGUUUCCUUAGCAACUGCUAGUGGUAAAAGUUGUACAUUUUGACCACCAGCAUACCAGAUGAACACAAUACAUGCAAUUUCACCUGCAGAUGAGGUUCUCAGUCUCUUCUCUGCACGGCUGUCUGGGCCCUCACCACUUCUCUGAAUACUGACUCGUACGCUCACACCAACAAACUACAUCCUACAACACAAUGGCACAUUACAGGUCUCUCCACCUAGUCUAUGUUUACACAAACGGUAUGGUCAGCAUCUUCUGAAAGGUGCUUAUUCGCCCGCUCAGAAUGAGAGUCUGUGUAAAUGCCAGACACAGUCACACACAUGCACACACACAGGCAGCUGAGGACAUAGACAGAAAGUACACACAUACACAUAAAAACAACAAACUCGCACAGAGUACCAGUUUGCUUUGCCCUGUCAAAAAAUGACUCAUGCCUUAAUUCUGCUCAGAGGGUAUCCAAGGUGCUGAAUGUGUUCUGUAUCAAAACAAGAGAGUAAGGUGAUAGAGCUGUUGUGACCUUGUAUUGUAUGUUCUAUAAGAUGUGUGUCUGUUUGUAGGCCUCUCUUUGCCCUUCAGUCUACUUCACUGUUUUGUCUGGACGUCCAGUAUGUGCCCCACAGUUGAAAUUGUGAAUUGUUGUGACGGUAAAUUGAGCAUGAUGUUUGUGGACAUAUGUUUAAUUUCUUUGUGUUUUUGUAAUGAAUGAUCAUUUCUAAUUGAGAUAUGCCAGGGGUGUGUCUUUUUUAAAGGCUUUAUGGCUCUGCCUACCUAUGAGUGAAUUGUAGGUGAUCCUGUGCAUUGGGUGUUUGUAUGUGUGUGUGUGUGUGUGUGUGUGUGUGAGAGAGAGAGUGCGCGCGAGAGAGAGCACAGGCGUGCUUGACUGUAUUUCUAGAAACAGUGUGGGAUGUGAUGUAUAUAAUAAAGUAGAUUCAGGGUCAAGUAUAAACACUAAUUGUUGUACAUAUUUAAACGAUUUUCCUAUCCUUUAAUAAAUAAUCAGUCUGUGAUAUUUUGAGUACAUCCUUUAAUGUGCAAUAUUGGCUUACCUCAGAAUCCCAUAUUUGGACUCAUGUUGUUCCUACUUUAUGUCAUAUGUACAUUCAGCACUACAGAACACAUGUGCAAGAUGAUAAGUAGGUUAGCUUAUGGCAAAUAAUGUUGUGAUUAAGUCAGUGACAACACUGCUCAAAUUUCAGUGAGUGUCACUUAUUUGAUAUCUCUACAUAAAGAAUGUGUUGUUUUGUGUUGCUAUUCAUAUGUAUACUAUAUGAGGAUAAUAGGGAUGAGAUGUGAUGGUGUUGUUUGACUAGUGGCAGUGAAACGGAGAAGCAAACAGAUAAGUGAGAAAAACAAAGGUGGUGCAGCAAGCUGGGGUCAGGACUCUACUCUGCCACCUAAUUACACAGCUGUAACACCUCUGACUGCUGGGAGAAAUCCCUCUAAGGAAUAGAGUACAAAACAGGACAGCUUUCCAAAGGCCUGUACUGGUAUACUCUUGUAAGAUGGUUUAUAAAUGUGGUGACUCACAAGAUGAUACAAGGAUGAAGGGGACUGCAGGGAGAGAUAUUUUUUUCAGUGUAUAGCAUCUGCGACCUGGGCAUCGCAGAGAUAAAUGUAGUAUGUUGUCAAAUGGAUUUAAUGACACCAUGUUUCUUUGUAUUGACAUAAACGCACAUUCAAAGUCCACGCACUGCACGCUCUCACAUGAUGUUGCAAUGUUUAGAGUAUAUCCACUGUGCUGUUUUAUUGUAUGUACAGAACGUCUGUUUCAAUAAAUCAGACAGGUAUA